GCCACCGGAAGUGCCACCGGAACUGCCAUAACAUAGCCACAUAUCGAGCUUAGUUAGCCCUGCUGGAGAAAUCGAAAGAACAAGAUUUGGCAGAAAAUAUUCGGCCUGAUAGAAAGAGGUUAGCCUUCGAGCUACCAGAAGCUAACCCUCUGUGGAAAAGCAGCAACGAGUUUCCACCUAUGAAAAAAACAUCAAGUGAGAUGGGAACCGGAGCACAGAAAGGUCUUCAGCAGCACCAUGCCUGUUAACAUUGGGAGGUUCUUGCCAAUCAGCUUCUGAUCCCUGAACAAAGGCACUAAUUUCGGGCACAGAGGACAUUAAACAUGAAGGAAGUAAAGGAGAAGCAGGAACCAGAACAUCAGCCAGAUUCUCAAACCACAGUGGAACCAGAACUCCGCGGAGUUAAAGAAGAACAAGUUGAACUGCAAAUCUUUGGAACUGAAGGCCAGCUUUCUGUGAAGCAAGAGAAAAGCACAUUUGUGGAUGUCAAGAUAUCCCACAAUAAACCAGAGAUAAAGGACGAACCAGAACCCCGACUGAUAGAAGAGGAGGAACCAGAAAUUGAACAGUUGCAAGAGGAAGAAGAGGAACUGGAACCUGGACAGUUUAAAGAAGAAGAGGAGGAACUAGAACCUGGGCAGAUUAAAGAGGAAGAGGAGGAUCUCUACAGUUAUGCAGAAAAGCAGGAGCCUAAAAGCUUCUUAAUAACUCAAACUCUUGAGCAAAAAGACAACAGUGAAGCAGAACCACACGGAGACCAUCUCCUCUCUGCCAGAUACCAUCAGAAUCAACCUCAACAAGGAAACAACCAGAACCAUUCUGGGUCAAGCAGAGUCAAAGAUCUGAACGACUCUGUAAAGGAAAAACACUCAUCCUGUAAAGUUUGUGGUAAAAGUUUCACUCAGCAACGGUACCUGGCAGUUCAUAGCAGAAUUCACAGUGAUGAGAAGCCAUAUUCUUGUGACACCUGUGGCAAAUCUUUCAGGUAUACCCACAAUUUGACCUGUCACAUCAGAACUCACACAGGGGAGAAGCUGUUUUCGUGUAAGAUCUGUGGAAAAUCUUUCAGGCAUAGCUCUAAUUUGACCCGUCACAUCAGAACUCACACAGGGGAGAAGAAGUUUUCUUGUAAGCUCUGUGGAAUUUCUUUCUAUUUCAGUGAUCAAUUAACUACUCACAUGAGGAUUCACACAGGGGAGAGACCGUAUACCUGCAAUGUCUGUAGUAAAUGUUUCAGUAAGAACUGGCAGUUGAUUGAUCACAUGAGAUCCCACAGCGAUGAGAAGCCGUAUUCAUGUGACACGUGUGGUAGAUCCUUUAGGUACAGAGGUGAUUUGACUCGCCACAUUAGAACUCACACAGGGGAGAAGCCGUUUUCUUGUAAACGCUGUGGAAAGUCUUUCACUGACAACAGUCAACUAACUGUUCACAAGAGGACUCACAUGGCCGAGAAGCCGUUCCGUUGUUUCAUUUGUGGUAAAAGUUUCAUACAGAAAGCUAACCUGCUUUAUCAUAUUGGAAAUCACACGGGGGAGAGACCAUUCCAGUGUGAACGCUGUGAUAAAUCCUUCAAACGAAGCACUGAUCUGGCCUGUCACUUGAGAACCCACACCGGUGAGAGACCAUACUCCUGUGAGCUCUGUGGUAGAUCUUUCAUAUAUAGCAGUGAUCUGACUCGUCACAUUCGCUCUCACAAGGGGGAGAAGUCAUUCCAGUGUGAACACUGUGAUAAAUCCUUCAUUCACAGUAGUGAUCUGACACGUCACGUUAGGAUUCACAGUGAUGAAAGGCCAUAUUCUUGUGAACUAUGUGAUAAAUCUUUUAAGCAGAAGGGGGACCUGACUACUCACGUAAAAAUUCACACUGGCCAGAAGCCCUUCUCAUGUGAUACAUGUGGACGAAGUUUUAACAGACACUACAACCUGAUUUCGCAUAAAAGGACCCACACAGGGGAGAAGCCGUUCCUUUGUGGGGUUUGUGGUAAAGGUUUUGUAAAGAAUAAAUCCCUGGAAUAUCACAUGAAAACACACGGGAGAGAAGUGUUUCAAUGUGAACUGUGCGAAAGAUCUUUCAUCCAAAGCAGUGAUCUGGCUCGUCACCUAAAAACUCACACACGUGAGAAGUUGGAUCCUUGAGUUUAACAGGAUAUGUUGGUCGGGAGUAGUGAUUUGGAGGUAGUGUGGCAGCAGAUUAAAGCUGCUGUUUAAAUUGAAGUGGUUCCCUCUGAGAAUUUUGACUGUAUCCAAAUCUCCUACAGGUUAUGAACUUUAGCUUUUAUGUGUUUGCUGCCACUCUAGGAGUUUGUAAAACCUAAAAAGUGAAGAACCUCUCCUGGAUGAGAGGCGACACUUCUUCUAAAAAGCUUCACGUCCAGUUGGCUAAAUUAAACCUGACUAGCAAAACCAAUGUGGUUUAAUAUUUUUCAUUAUUUUUGCCUAUGUGGCUUAAAACCUCAUCUGUCCUUCACAACCUUAGUGUUCACCCCAAAUCUCUGACCGAUGACAGCAAGCACACAGAACCCUCCUUUAAAUGGGAAAGUCAGCCACACUGGUUGUUUUCAUGCAUUUCUCAUGUAAAAUAGCUCGAUGGCUCACUGUGGCCUCUUUCCCACUGAGUUUAGCAGGUUAACGCAUAUUUUUCAAUAACAAUCGUUAUUUGGCUCCCUUCACAUUGGCAGAAAAACCGGGUCUGGCCCUCUUGGCAGCUGCGUGUCUGGUCAAACUGUCACGCUUGGUUAGCACGGAUGAUGUCACUAGUGCGACAAAAGCAGGAAAGCAAACAAUGGAGAGCAUCAUGUAAGAAAUCUAGAGUCGUCUGCUUUGUUUUUCACUGUAUUAUCUGUCCGAAUCCCUCUUACCAGUGCUGCGGCAUGUUUAUGGAAUGUAAACUGAGUUAUUUUUGAUUGUAAGAUCAGAAGCGACUGGCCCAGUGUGUUGACGUCUGUACGUUACCCUCAUUGGUAUCGCAUACAUUAGGGGCUCUGGUGUUUCCACAGCAUGCCGAUUAGAGCUGAGGCGAUUUUAACAUGGGUCGCUUGCCAAGUCGUUUGACCGGGAUGGACAGGGUUAAGUGUGUUGUUCCCACCACCACUAAAAGCCGAUUGUUUAGGUUUUAAACGGAUUUUCCCUCUAAAACCAAAGGGCAGGUGUCCCUUAGAGCUGUGGAACAUGUUUAUGGAAGUAAAUCUGUGUCACUGGGAUUUGAAUUAAAAAUGCCACUGAAAUUUAAA